AUUUCCGUUCACAUGAAACCGUGCGCAUGAUCUAUCCUCAGACCCAAGCCAGUCGUGUUGUUGACGCCAUCGCAACAGUGAUUAGUUCCCGCCAUUACGCGGGUUAUUUUACAUUUUAGUGAUUACUUUAUCCACCGUAAUCAUGACCGAUAGCCAGUACGCAAGCUAUCAACAGCAAAACUACAGCCAGUACAGUCAACCGCCACCCAGUGGCGACCAGGAUACAUCCUACCCUCCACCAUCAAGCGGUAGUGGUAGCUAUAGUCAGUACAGCCAGCCUCCACCCAACAGCGGAAGUUACGGGAGUUACAACUAUAAUAGUAGUAAUUCAUCAGAUUAUAAUCCAUCCCAGGGCCAAGGAAGUUACAAUCAGGGUAGUUUCGGAGCCAGUUCUGGUAAUCAGAACAGCAGUGGUGGUAAUAAUUACGGAAGCAGUUACGGAAGCAGUGGAGGUAGCGGAUAUCGAGGAAGCUCUAGUGGAUACGGAGGUCAAGGAGGAAGUGGUGGUAGAUACGGGAGUGACCGUAGUAACUACAACGAUCGCUCAAGUGGCAGUGGAGGUGGUGGUGGAUACAACAGUGGCGGUGGCCGUGGUGGUUAUAACAAAGGAGGCUACGGUGAUUCCAAUGGGAGCCACGACAGGAUGGUCGUUCAAGAGGAUACCAUUUUUGUCUCAGGCAUGGAUUCAGCAAUCACUGAAGAAGAAAUUUGCCAGCAUUUCGGAGCUAUCGGACUUAUUAAAAAUGAUAAACGUUCGGGCAAACCAAAAGUUUGGAUGUACAAAGAUAAAAAUACUGGAAAAUUCAAAGGUGAAGCUACAGUGACUUAUGAUGAUCAAAACGCCGCACGCUCUGCUAUUGACUGGUUCGAUGGUAAAAGCUUUAAAGGUUGCACAAUAAAAGUCCAAAUAGCUCAACAUAAAAGUAGCUGGCAAGGAAGCCGUGGAGGAAGCGGACGAGGAGGUAGUGGUGGCGGUGGUGGACGCGGACGUGGUGGUAGCAGCUACGGAGGACGAGGUGACCGAGAUGAUCAUCAUCGCAGUGAUGAUCGCCGUGAUGGACAUGGCGGAGGUGGCGGCGGCGGAGGAGGCCGUGGUGGUGAUUGGAGAUGUCCUAACCCUGAUUGUGGAAACACUAACUUUGCUUGGCGUAAUGAAUGUAAUCUUUGCAAGAGUUCGAAACCAGAAGGAGCUGGAUCCGGAGGUGGUGGAGGAGGUGGAAGAGGAGGAAGUAGAGGUGGCGACCGUGGAGGCCGAGGAGGUGGUUAUAGGGGUGAUCGAGGAGGAAGAGGUGAUAGAGGAGGCCGUGGUGGCGGUGGAUUCCGAAGUGGUGACAGAAGUGGAGGUGGAGGCGGAGGUCGAGGUCGAGGAGGUCCAAUGCGAGGAGGUGGCGGACGUGGAGACAGAGACCGCGAUCGUCAGAGACCUUAUUAAUAAUCGAUGGACGAAAAAUACGCUUUGUUUAUCAUCGUAUACAAUAAUCAUCUUGCGUAUUUAUUCAAUUCUCAUUGUAAAAUCUUGUACAAAUUUUGUACAACAUUUUUUAAUUCAAUAAGAUAUUUCGAUAUUCAUGUAUAUCAUAACUUUUGUUUAUCAGAAUCACACGUAAAAAUCAUCCAAGCAAUGACAUGUUAAUUUUUCAUGCUCUUCUACGAGUGUAAUGUAUAUGUAAAGCUAGGUUUUAAUAAUCAUAAAUUACUUUUAGUUGAUACUUCUAAUAAAUAAAUAAACAACAAUAAGUA